UCAACAUGUUGUCUUGGAAUGGAAAUUGAAUUAAUUCCUAUUUCAUUUCCUUCUCUCUCUCUCUCUCACUUUGAUAUCGUACUUUUUACAACGACAAAUAGUUGAUUCAAUUACCAUGGAAAGUGCUAAAUAUUUAGUGAAAAAGUUAUCCUUCAUUAUUCCGAUUGGAUUAACAUUGACCGAUCGAGUUGUGACAAUUGCUCAAGUCGAUGGUGAAUCGAUGCAGCCUGCUUUUAACCCAAAGACAUCCGGCAAGGUGAGCAAUGAUGUCGUUUUAAUCAACCGGUGGUCAGCUCGUAAUUUUCAAUUCAAACCCGGAGACAUAAUUGAAAUAAAAUCACCUAAAAAUGCUAAACAACGAUUAAUCAAACGGAUAAUUGCUCUGGAAGGUGAAUGGAUUCAUUUGAAGGAUAAUAACAUGCCUCGAUCGGCUUAUCAAGACGAACUUGUCUUCGUGCCUAAAGGUCAUUGCUGGAUUGAAGGAGAUAAUCAUGCACGAAGUAAUGACAGUAAUCAUUUCGGUGUGGUUCCAAUUGGUUUAACUCGUGGUAUUAUUUCAUACAUCAUUUGGCCGCCGUCAAGAUGGUCAUCAGUUGACAGUUCGUUAACAAUUGAAACAAUUAAACGAAGAUCAACCGACGGGCUAAUGGUUUAAUUUAAUUGACAAGGAAAAAUUUAAAUUAAAGUUUAGUUAAUUUUCAAAGUUUCCUAAAAACGCUGCCAUCUCUUGGUGAAGAAUAGAACAAGAGAAAAAAAUCUAAUUAAUCAACUAAAUUAAUUAUUUAAACAAUUAUUUCAAAACUACAAAUGUAAAUGAAAAAAAAAUUAAAUUCUGUAAAUUGAUUGACAAUAACCUAAAA